CACAUUUCCAUCCUUGGGAAAAUAUCAUUAUCAGAAGGCUAGAGAAUGUCAUUCUCUUCGGUGCGUACAAUUUCUGGUCGUUUCCAGACGUGGCGACAGAUCAAUAGACUCGAAGGAGCGCUAAAAAGGGCGACUUUUAUCCGGAAUUUGAGUUCUUCCUCUCCAGCUGCCAUGAGAUUCGUUCAGUACAGGAAGGGUGGCGACAAGAGCACCCGUUUGGGUGUCUUGUCGCCGGACGGGAAGAAGAUUUCAUCGCUGUCUGCGUAUGGGAAUGACAUGAUUGGGUUUCUGGAGAAGGACGUGAACCUGGCGGAUUUGGAGAAGAAGCUCAGCUCUCUGCCCGCUGAGGAUGUCACGGCGGACGUGACGCUGGAGUCUCCUGUCUCGCAUCCGGAGAAGAUCGUGUGCAUCGGGCUGAACUAUCGCGGCCACUGCGAGGAGCAGAACCUCAAGCCUCCGGAGCGUCCGAUGUUCUUCAGCAAAUUCGCCAGCACUCUCGUGGGCCCCACGGGAUCCGUCAUAGCGCACGAGAUAAGCUCGCAAAUCGACUGGGAAGUGGAACUGGCCGUGGUGAUCGGUAAGACGGCUAAGAAGGUGCCGCGCGAGAAGGCCUACGACUACGUGUUCGGCUACUGCGUGGCGCAGGACAUCUCCGCGCGGGAUUGGCAAAAGGUGCUGAACAACAAGCAGUUCCUCAUCGGCAAGUCCAUGGACACUUUCUGUCCUCUCGGCCCGGCGAUUGUGCACAAGAGCCUCGUGCCGGAUCCGCACAGCCUCAAGAUCCGCUGCAGCAUCAACGGCGUGCAGAAGCAGUCCGGGAAUACCGACGAGCUCAUCUUCCGCAUCGACGACAUCAUCAGCCGCCUCACGCAGUCCAUCACGCUGCGUCCCGGCGACGUUAUCCUCACCGGCACGCCCGGUGGCGUUGGCAUGUUCCGCGAUCCGCCGGAGUACCUGAAACCGGGCGAUGUCAUCGAGAGCGAAAUCGAGGGUCUCGGCAAACUGACCAACACUGUUAUCAAGGACGAUUAG